CUUGUCCAAGUUGUUUAUGGGUGUUUCAUAUCCUCAUUUACUCUUUAUUGAAGCAGGAGCGCGCUGAAGGGCGUGCUACUUAUUCUUUAUAGAGCUUCCUUGAAGUUCACCAGGAAGCAAUUACAUUUUUACUGCAACCGUGGUCUCUUCACAGCCGUCUCACCGGUAAUUGAAGGCUAAACAUUAAAGUACUAGUUGCCCGUUCUCCAAAAAAUAAUGGAUACGAUGCACGUGAAGACAUAUUUGUCGCGCAUCGGGUUCGCGGGCCCCGCAGAGCCCCGCCUGGAGGUGCUGCGGUCGGUUCACAUAAGUCACCUGAUGUCGGUUCCGUUUGAAAACCUGACGGUGCACAGCGGCGGGCGAAUCCAACUCGCCCUUCCCCUUCUGUACGCCAAGAUAGUGGACCAGCGCCGAGGUGGUUUCUGCUGCGAGAAUAACGGCCUCUUCGCCUGGCUGCUGUCCGAGCUGGGCUUCCAGGUGACGCUGCUCUCGGGUCAGGUGAAGCGUGUGACCACGGGCCGCUACGGCCCACCUUUCGACCAUCUGAUCCUCUUGGUGAGCCUCGGUGGGCAGCGCUGGCUGUGCGACGUCGGCUUCGGCUCCGCGAGCUUCAGUAUCCCUAUUUUCCUGGAGACCAGUGUCCCCCAGGAGCAGGGCCACCGUGUGUACCGCGUCAGGAAGGACUCGGGAAUGCAUUUCCUGGAGUGGCAACAGGAGGAGAACAGAGGGCCAGACGGGGACUGGACAGAGAUCUACAAGUUCACCCUUGAACCUCGAUGUCUGGAGGACUUUGAUGAGAUGUGCAGAUACCACCAGAGCUCCCCCUGCUCCGUCUUCUUCUGCAAGUCUCUGUGCACCGUUUUAAAGCCAGAUGGGAGGCUCACCUACAUCGGCAGCCGACUGAGCAGCACCACAUAUCCAUCAGAAGCAACCGGGGCAGUGUUGAAAACCACAACCAGGGAACUUAAAGACGAGGAGAUAGCUGGUGUUCUCGCAGAGGGGUUCGGAGUCGUCCUAAAUUCUCCACUCAUACCAAAGGAUGAGAUGGUCGUACCAGUGCCAGACAUAUAUUGAUGAUGCUUUACAACUCCACAGGGCUCAAUUAUGUGGAAAUGUAUGUUCUCAAAACACUAAAAUAAACUUGUAAAACAAGAACCAGAUAUACAGUAUUUUACUAGACAUAAAACCAAAAAAGAAAAUUGUAAGUCUGAUUUAAUAAAUUAUACAUACACUU